CCAUCUCUCUCUCUCUCUCUCUCGCCCUCUUCCUCUCUCUGCUACUUCAAAGCUCAACUUGAAAGUGGAGCUCGAGACGAGAGUUGUUGUUGUUCCAUCCGACUCUUGGUGCCCCGCUCUGAGCAGCGUCAUCACCGCCGCCAUGCCUCGAGGAUUCCUUGUGAAGCGAAACCGCCGAAGCUCGGCGUCAUAUUGGCCCAGAAACAACAGCAACACCAAACCUGUAAGUUACGAGGGUGAAAAGAAAACCGAGAACUACAAAGCGACAAACGCAUCCAGCGAUGUGUUGACUGCUCUCCCGUUAGAACGCCCGGAUGAACAACCUCCGGUCUCCCGCGAGGACUCCACCGGUGUCCGAGAGUCGUGGAACCCGCACGUGGAGUCUGCGCUGGAGGCAGAAGCAGACCGGCGCGCGCAGUUGCCGGAGACCGAGGAGCAGGUGAACGAGGUCGAUGUCUUGACCCCUGAUGGCGAUUUCUCCCGCUUCUUCCUGCCUCCGCCACACGAUUUGACGCUGACGGAGUCGUGUAGUCCCGUCAAACCAGUCGGCACGAGACUGCUCGAGACCCACGCGGAGGGAGAGAAACCGCUGUUGUUCCCAACCAGGUGCCUGACAUCCUCCCCGGGACCGGAGUUGCCGUUUUUAGUGAGCCCUGCGCAGACCUCGGUGUCCGCUUCUAUAGAGAGGCUCCUCGCGAACAGCAGCCGCCCUCACGCGCCAUCCUACGGCCACAGUAACAAGUACGACUCGAACAUGGCUCACGUGCACAUGUUCCCGGCGCUGACGCUGAUGAACCAGGAGCAGCACCAAGCAGCGAGGAAGCGCUCCUUCCUCGAACCGGACCAACGCUUGAACAGCGGCAGACCCAACAAACAGCCCGCGGGGAACCCGUCGAAAAAGCACAAAGUUACCCGGAAACUUAACUUCGAGGACGAGGUCACGACGUCUCCGGUUUUGGGUUUGCGGAUCAAGAAAGAGAGCCCCGAACUGAGGAGGCAGCGAGAGAAGUCGUGCGGUCCCACCGGAAACCAGCCGCUCGGAGAGUUCAUCUGCCAGCUCUGCAAAGAAGAGUACCCCGACCCGUUCUCCCUCGCGCAGCACAAGUGUUCCCGCAUAGUGCGCGUGGAGUACCGCUGUCCAGAGUGCGACAAAGUUUUCAGCUGUCCCGCCAACCUGGCUUCGCACCGCCGCUGGCACAAACCUCGCCCGGUAAACAACCAAGGAGGAGACACGCAGACAAACAAGAACCAGCCCUUAAAAGAGGCGCGAGGGCCCGUGCAGCACGAGCGGCAGCCGGCGGAGAUGGAGGGCAAAGAGAACGAGCUGCUGCGCGUGAACACGAAUCAGCACCACGGAGGGCUGGACAGCUCCCGCAUUAGGCGCGAGCCGGCUCUCGUGCUGCUCCACGGUCAGGCGCGAGACAGCCCAGACGGCGACAGCCUCGCGCCUCCUCGUUACGACAGCUCGCCUCGUUACCGAAACACGGUGGAAAACUGUCUGGACUCACAGCAACAGGUGCGAGCUGCGGACAGCCCGCCGUCCAGCCUGCUUCUACUGAACGGCAACCCGGAGGAGCGCGCGGACCUGCCGCAGCAGCAGCAGCCUCUCGCGCACCCGCCUGUAUCCUUUGUGCAGUCGUUACCGGACGAGGACGUGUACGACUGCCGGUACUGCGGGAAGAAAUUCCGCCGGCAAGCUUACCUGAAGAAACACCUGGCCGCGCACGAGAUGACAGCGGCGGCGUCUCCGCCCUUAUCAUCUUAUGGCCAGGUGCGCGAGACCAAUGGCGGACAGAGCCAGGUGUUCCUGUGUCACCUGUGCGGCGCGCGCUUCCCGUCCAUAGAAAUCAGGGACAAGCACCGUUUGUGGCACGCCAUGAGGGACGAGUUGUUGGGGGGACCACUGGGAGGAGGACUCAGACCGGACGUGUUUCAUGCGCACAGAGAAGAAAGCGGUGCCGGGGAAUGCGAGCAGCAGCAGCAGAUCUUCACGUGCAAGCACUGUCCGUCUACGUUCUUCAGUUCUCCCGGGCUCACGAGACACAUAAACAAGUAUCAUCCAACCGAGAACCGGCAGGUGAUGCUGCUGCAGAUGACGGUGCGACCGUGACAUGCGCACGAGACACACGCACAGACGGACGCCUGCUUAGAAACAUUGAGUGUUUGACCGGCAUGAGAUGGAGCUGCAUUAAUUCUCUCUGAGCUGUGGUCAAGGAGUGAAAGGUUUAUCACGCAGUACUGCGUUACUGUGUUAUGAUACGUGAUAUGUAUUGGUGAAAUACGGACACUAGAAUAAUAUUAACUUGAAUUCUUGGUAAUGGGUUAAAUGCUGUGACGGACACGCUGGUGUCAAAACACCGCUGCGUGCGGUCAGUUCCGCGCCGAGCCCCGUUCAGAUACACUGGAGCUGUCCACGGUACUGAAACCAUGUCCCCGAAGGCUCUUUACAGUUCAACCCUUCGACAAACAGAAGUGCGAGGGAAUUUCUGACUUUUGUUGAAGACAAAGGGGAUGUUUUUUAUGACAGUGACAGGCCUGAGAUAUUCCACUAUCAAAUAAAUAGCAUAAGAUUAAAAUAUUUACACAAAGAGGAGGCAGUAAUGGGAGUCUUGUUCAAAAAGACUUCCUUACUCUCCUAUAAGUGGUAGUUACACAUUCUUUUGUCUAUUCUCAUAUAGAGAAUAUUACUGUAAUGUAUAUUACAUCUCCUGUCCUCACUCUGUGUAUGAUACAUUAAGAAACCAGAAAUACUUUUGUUUGACCGAGAAUUCUAAACUAAUAUCCUGCAGCAGUAAAUCACUUCUUCUCUACAUAAAGAACAUUCAAAGUCAACAUAAUUCUGUGGUAAAAUAAUCGGAUCAUACUGACAUUCAGGAGCAUCAAUGACAUUUGUGGCUCAUACUGACUGGUGUCACGUGAAGCAGAACCAGACCAUCAGUAACAAAACUGUCCUAACUAGGUUUAAAAUACAAUUUAAUGUACAGUGACCGAUUACAAGCAAAAAUAAAAAAAACGGUAAGACCAAAUUAUGCCCUUCAUAAUAUAUGUGCCCGUUAUCUUCUCUGCUAUAAAAUAUUUUCAUAUAAAAAUGAAACAUUAACUGAACAUUUAAUUAAAAUGUGUAAAAUGUCUUUUGUCUUUAUUAAUUAUACUGAAGUUGAAGUAUUUGCUAAAUGCCUUCAUGAUGCUAAUAUGCAACUGUGGAAGCCUAUACAGUAUUAUUUUGAUAUGUCUGAAGUUAAAUGUGAACUUUAUUCUAAAUAAUGUCAAUAAAUGUUAUGAAGCCUAAUCAAA